UUAACCCAAACAGCGAUCUUUUCCUAAACCUACCCAAGUUAUUUUGAUGCCUAAAACAAAACAAACCAAACAGUUUAAUAUAACAAUAUGUUUAACCGGGACGCAAACUCCAAAGUCCUAACCAUUCUAACCGCUCUGUACACAACAUCAAAUGAUGAAUCAAAUGAUAAAUACAGUAACGACUUUAUUUUGUGGUGAUGACGUUUAGAAUACACUGGCUGCUGUAUUGCCAUAGUAGCGGCAGAUAUAACGGAUUUCCGACCUUCCUUGUGUGGCCGUAAUAGGAUUUGUCGUCAGAAACAUUUGUUCAAUAUGAUUGGAUAAACAAUGUUUCGCAGACGUUGAAUAUUCAUAACUUGCCUUCGCCGUCAUGGGAAAACAAAUCACCUCCUGUAGCCAUGUUUUCUUGUUGUCAUUCAGUAGAUGUCACAAAGAAGACAACGCCGUGGUGCUAAACCGAACUUAGACGCGACUACUCCUGUACGGCGGUUACAUGUUAUUGUGGUUUGGACUGCUGAUGGACCGCUUGCAGAGGCCAUGAGACAAGUGGCAUCAACAAUGUAUAUCAGUUCCCUCCUGCGAGACGUCCUCAGGCUGGAGAGAAAACGUGUGGCCACACAUUUAGUUCAGCAGAGAGCUUUGUCGGGGGCAGAUGCUGUCAAUGCCCUCAGACCGUUUUAUUUUGCAGUCCAUCCCGACUUCUUCGGUCAAUAUCCCAGGGAACGGGAAGUGAAUGAGAAUUCAUUAAAGAAGCUAAAUGGCUAUCUGGACAAUCUGCAGAAGCCUGGCUCACGCUCAGUUCAGCCAAUGAAGCUCACCUUUUAUUUGAGGGACACUAAGGAUGGCAGUGAUGUGCAGCCAGACAUCCUCAACUCAGGGUUCCGGUCAGUGAGUUUUACCCUGCGCACAAAUGAUGUCUUGGGCACAGUGAUGAACAUCUUGAAGUCCUGCAGCUUGCCUGUGGAGCACAUGAAGGGAUUGAAAGCAAGUACAGGGACAUCUAAAAGUCCACUUAAUGCAGGGAUGCCUUUCUACAGACCUAUCGUAUGGGAUAAGAGUUACUACGCAUUCACUGGCUUCAGAGACCCUGAACAAGAGCUGGAACUGGCCAGGAGAGUGGAGCCAACACUCAGUGUAUGGUUGAGAAACAAUGAGCCUGAGGCAACAAAGAAGCACAUUGCUAGUCUUCCACGGAGAGAAGAGCUGAACAGACUGAAGGAAGAACUGUGUCACAAAUUUUAUCUGGCUGAUAUCAGGUGGCAGCGUGGCUGGGGGCUGGCCCACAGGUGCUCUCAGCUUCAGAGUCUGAGCCGACUGUCUCAGCAGAACCCUGAAGCUCUGAUCAACCUGCAAGGACACACUGUUGUGUUUGCUGACCAGUCAGGGAUGAACGCUUCUGGACACGUCAUGCUGGGAACUAUGGAUGUUCAUCAUCAGUGGACUAAAUUAUUCGAGCAGCUGUCCAGCUAUCGCAGCCUGCAGCAGCAAACAGACUGGCUGAAGGAGAGGAUCAGCCUUCUCCUGGGUGGAACUAAGGUGAUCCAUAUGGAGAGGCUGGGACCAGUCCAGCCCAUCACUGAGCACUACAGCACCCUCAGCACUUUCCACAAGAACCUGAUGUCCCAACACCUUCACCUGCACCCCAGGAGCCUGCAGGGACUCACCAUGUUGUUAGAGAAUGAGCGCUCUAACCCCAGUCUUCAUGAGAUGGGGCACUUCAUUAUCCCCAGCAACUGUGAGCCUCCCAAGUUGCAGGUCUUCCUCCAGAGCCACGCCCCUGAGGCCAGACGGCGCACCCAGCACAAUCACCAACUGCAGGCAGAGGAAGAGGCUAUGGUGAAGCUGUGUCUCCAAAGACUGUCUUUAAGGAGUCUGUCCAAGGAGCCCAGUGUCAGCUCCAGCCAGAUGAUCCUGUGCUGUAAAAGACUGGUGGAACAGAGCCUCCCCCUUAUGCAGGGCCUCCACAUCUGUGUUUCCCACUUCUUCUCAGUCAUGCAGGAUGGAGAAUUGUGUGUCCCCUGGGACUGGAAGAGUUAACCUGGAGGGACAUGGUACUAAGCUGCAGGAUUUUCAGACAAUCCGAGACAGCGGUUGGAAAUUGUUCAAACAGAAAAUAGGCAUGUUUGUUAUAUGUCAUAUGCUCCCGGUUCAUUUUUAAGGUAAAAAUUUGGAGAACAAAUAUUAUAUUAUACGGUUCAUUCAAGCUGACCAAUAUGUGAUUGUCCAAUUAGAAGCCGGAAAAUCCAGAUAGAAGAAGUGCAAAGCUCAGUGUUUCCCAACAUGGGGGUAAGAAAGAUUAAUCACAACAAAGAGAAAAGAUGAAAAACACAAUGCUGUAGAACAUUAUUAUGUUCUUUUUUUUUUACGUUCUCGAAUGUUUGCAGAAAGAAAUUGACCUCUUCAGCAAUCACAAAAGUCUGAGAACCAAAUAGUGUUCACUUAAACUGUGAUAAGUGAUGUGGGUAGGCAUUGCUUGACCAUUGCUAGGGUCACAAGCCUAAAAACUUGGGAACCCCUGGAAGAGUUGCAAUAUGACUGAAGUUUGUAUAUUUAAAGGCACAACUGUGUGAAAGUGUGGCAAAAAGCCUGUUGUCAUGAUCAUGGCUGAAAUGCAAUGAUUCAUAAAUAUGAGGAUAACA